AUGGCCAGCCUGGUCCUGGCCAUUGCUGGUGCCAGCGGCUUUCCCUUGACAUGUCCACCUCCAGACCCUGCCUGUGUGGCAGAAGUGGGUUCCUCAAAUUGGAAGCUGAGAGCCCAAGUUGACAAGGGCUUGAGUCAACGGACCUAUGAGUUGCUUACCAUCCAUGACUGGAUACCCAAGGAGGAUGAAGCAUCGCGAGCAACCGCAAUUCUGGGGCUGGAGACAAUGGAAAUUGCCAGACAAAUCCUUUGUGCAGCGACUUUCAGAAAGUGUGAUUCGGAAGGUGUGAAGAAUGCUGUGAUGCUGGUCCCUUUGGAGAAAGUGUCCAAAAGGUCUGCAGCGGAGCGUGCCAUAGACGUGUGCACCGAUCUUCGCGAAGAUGUGAAUUGGCUAGGUACAUGCAGCUACGCUCUUUGGCAGUGGGCAGAUGCUGAGUACUUCGUGUCAGCACGAAACUUCAUGCCUGACUCAGAGCCACAGACUUCGGAAGAGACCGAUCGUUUGAAUUGGAAAAAAACUGAUUCCAAUGCUGGCUUCUUCGCUCCUGUAUUUCCACCGCGCUUGAGUCCUUCCGCUGUUUGCGAAGACAGCCUUCGAUGGAUGUCCAACAACAGCAGCAGCAGCAGCCAGCCGGUCUUUAGUGGCGAAGCCUUCGGUGACGUCUCCUGGGUGGAUGUGUCAAACCUUCGCACUCGACACUUGAGUUCCAUCUCAUUGCUGGAGGUCUUGGAAAAUGGGCGAAGAUUUCAGGAACAACACCCGGAUGGAUUGUCGAGAGUAGCAGUGAACCUAGGAGGUGGAGAUGGGGUUUGCCGCGUUGGACACGGGCUGGAUCCGGUAAACUGUUUCUUCGUUCAAGGCUAUGGUGGUGUGGUGUUUGAAGCCAACAAAUCCUUGGAACCUGAGCUGCAGGUAUCGUUAGGGAAAUUUGUUCCACACAUUCAAAUCCUCGCGGAGGCUGCUGAAGUGGAAACCAUCUCAGAACGACUGGCAGACGCCAUGGCAAACAGACCUGGCCGAGUUGUACAACGUGAUGAGAUCGAUUUCAUCAAGGUGGAUGUUGAUGGCUUGGAUUGUCAUUUGGUGCAAGCCUUGACGCUGGGAAAAUGGAGACCAAAGGUGUGGCAUGUGGAGAUCAAUCCACUGUUCCCUCCGGGAAUUGCUCUUUGGCCCUCUGGCUCCAGUUUAGGUGUUUCCACCACCACGAAUCAGCGCGAGUUGAGCUCUGCAUUUUCACGCCGUGGGGAAAGUGACACCAAGCAAGCUCUGGUUGGCUGUUCACUGCAAGCAUUGCUUGAUGUUGCUGGAUCAGACUACGAGUUGCUCCAUGUGGAGUUUGAGAACGCAGUUCUACUUCGCAAAGACAUUUCUGAAGCGCUUGAGCCGUGGCUGUCAUCACGCAGCAUCGUGCAGAAGUGGAGAGAUGGAUACUUUUGCCACCCGAUUGCCCGAGUCCGCCAGCCACAUGAUGAUGACGAGGACUCCCUGUUUCUUCACUAUGACUUCCGGCGCUGGGGAGAUCCAGCGCUCGAGAGAAGCGAGCUUUUAAAGCUGGUGCAGGAUUUCUUGCAUCAGUUCGUGAAGGAGGGAACGUACAGCUUUGAAGCACCACCAAAGAUCCCGCCUCGACGGUCCAACUCCUUGCCCCCUUUGCCUGUCUAUGGGCAAACUGGGAUGCAGGACAUCAACUGCGAGUCUCGCAAGGACUAUGUCUUUCAGUGGCAGAUCAUACUUGCCAACAUGGAAAGUCUCUUGUCGUCUUGGACUUCCGGACGAGGUGAUGUUGAGGUCGUCUUGGCAGCCUUGGUCGAGGAUUUCGCCGGCAAGCUGAACAUCGAUCGAGCGUGGCCCAUCUUCAAAACUGUGGCUGCUUGGGAGUGUCCACUUGGAGGAUUGGCAGUUGCCAUAGCCAUGCGAUGGCGAUGCAUGUCAGCCUUUUGGAAGGACAAUCCAAUCUUUCCAGCCACGGAAGAGUUUUUUGAUGCGAUGAAUAGUCAGCUGCCCUUGAUUCUUCGGAGAAAAACAAAACGCGCUACCGAGCCGCCAAAGUUUGCUGCCCCCUUGGGUUGCGAGAAUUUGUUGAUGCGCUACAUUCAGGCAGGCAUACGGCGAAGUGACCUCGAGAGCCUUCUGGAAUCCAGAUGGCCAAUUUUUGAACUGUUGAGUUCGAUGCACACCUGGAGUGAAACUUGGCCACGUGGGUAUCCAUGACCUGGCGCUACUGACCGUACUUGGAUCUACGUGGUAUCUUCGAAUGUUGGGCACUUCCGUUGUGGCCUUCCGGUCGCAUUGGCUCACGUUGACCUUGCAGUGACACCGAGUGGCACAAGAGAGCACGGAGAUCGACCGAGAUUCUGGAGUUGAUGGCUGCUGGCAUCUGCUGGCUGCACAGAGAGUCACAGAGACAGCAGAUACGGCAAUCCUAGGGCUAGGGCAAUACCUGGGCGGAGAUCGCUGGUAAACUUGCAACAGCAGCAACAGCAUGCUGCGCAGCUAGCCAGCAAGUGCUGCAGCACAUCGUGUGCUUCGCUAGAGAACGAAA